GUGUGUGGCAGUGUUUAUUAGUGCGAGUGUAGGAAUUGAAGGCCCCAAAUAUAUAUCUGUGUGGCUCAAGUUAAGUGUUUUACUGCAGUUUGUGUUGAACCCCCGGUGGAUGCGCUGUUUGGUAAAUUACCACUUCGCCUUUUCCUCCUCAGCUGCUCAUUCAGUGAUUUAGCUAGCUAGCAGCUAGCCUCAGCAGCUGGGAGCUAUGGCUGCAGUUAUCCUGAGUUUUCCAACUCUGCAGAGUCUGAGGACAUGUGCACAAAACUUGUCAUGGACCAAAAGAGGCGUGAGGCUCGUUUCAGGAGGUGUGGGAAGGAUAGAGAAGGUGCUGAUUGCCAAUCGAGGGGAGAUUGCGUGUCGUGUGAUGCGCACGGCCAAGAAGAUGGGCGUCCGCUCUGUGGCUGUGUACAGUGAUGCAGACAGAGACUCCAUGCAUGUGGCCAUGGCAGAUGAAGCCUACCACAUUGGCCCUCCACCCUCCCAGCAGAGUUACCUCUCAAUGGAGAAAGUUUUGGAAGUAGCCAAGAUGUCUGGAUCGCAUGCGGUCCACCCUGGUUAUGGCUUUCUCUCAGAAAACACAGAGUUUGCGGAGGCGUGUAAACAGGAAGGCAUCAUCUUCAUUGGACCACCUUCCUCUGCCAUCCGAGACAUGGGCAUUAAAAGCACAUCCAAAUACAUCAUGUCAGCUGCUGGGGUGCCAAUCAUUGGUGGCUACCAUGGAGAGGACCAAUCAGAUGAGAGGCUGCAAGCAGAGGCUGCCCAGAUUGGAUACCCUGUGAUGAUAAAGGCAGUCCGCGGAGGAGGGGGCAAGGGGAUGCGUAUUGCAAUGUCAGACUCAGACUUCUUGGAGCAGUUGGAAUCAGCGAGACGAGAAGCCAGGAAAUCCUUCAAUGACGAUGUCAUGCUGGUUGAGAAGUUUGUAGAGGAUCCCAGACAUGUGGAGGUUCAGGUGUUCGGGGACAUGCACGGUAACGCUGUCUAUCUGUUUGAGAGAGACUGCAGCGUCCAAAGAAGACAUCAGAAGAUCAUAGAGGAAGCACCAGGGCCUGAUAUCAGUCCUGAGGUGCGGAGGAAACUUGGAGAGGCAGCUGUUAAAGCAGCCAAGGCUGUCAAUUAUGUAGGAGCAGGUACGGUUGAGUUUAUUAUGGACGCCCAGCAUAACUUUUACUUCAUGGAGAUGAACACCAGGCUGCAGGUGGAGCAUCCUGUCUCUGAGAUGAUUACUGGAACUGACCUGGUGGAGUGGCAGCUCAGGGUGGCAGCAGGGGAGCGACUGCCUCUCCUACAGGAUGACAUCAUUUUAAGGGGACACUCAUUUGAGGCUCGCAUCUACGCCGAGGACCCGAACAACGACUUCCUUCCAGGGGCAGGGCCUCUGCUGCAUCUCUCCACCCCUUCACCAGACCAACACACACGCAUAGAGACUGGUGUCAGGGAAGGGGACGAGGUGUCGCCACAUUAUGAUCCAAUGAUCGCCAAGCUCGUGGUGUGGGGAGAAGACCGAUCUGCUGCCUUAAAGAAGCUGCGGUACUGCUUACGGCAGUACAAUAUCGUUGGACUGAACACUAACAUUGACUUCUUGCUGAGUCUUUCGAGCCACCCGGAGUUUGAGGCUGGAAACGUGACCACCAGUUUCAUCCCUCAGCACUACGCAGACCUUUUCCCCACUCCCAAGACUCCUUCUGGGGAAACGAUCUGCCAGGCAGCACUGGGCCUUGUGCUGCAAGAGAGGAAACACACACAGGAGUUCACACAGACCUCCAGUGACCCCUUCUCCCCAUUCGGGUCCAGUAGCGGCUGGAGAAGCAACAUUGCUUUCAACAGAAACAUGACGUUACAGGUGGGAGACAAAAAAGUUGAUGUGGUUGUUGUGUACAACAAAGAUGGCAGCUACUCAAUGCAGAUUGACAAAGAGGUGUACACUGUGACUGGAGAGGUGGAGAUGGAGGGUGGAGCAUCAUUCCUUCACUGUUCUGUCAAUGGCAUAAAGUCUCGUCCCAAACUUGUGAUUCUGGACAACACAGUGCACCUGUUCUCCAUGGAGGGAAGCUCCCAGGUGUCUGUUCCAGUGCCCAAGUAUCUGGCUGGUGUGAGCGGUUCUGGGGCUCAAGGUGGAGCAGUGGCCCCCAUGACGGGAACCAUAGAGAAGGUGAUGGUGAAGGUCGGUGACAAAGUGGCUGUAGGAGACCCUCUGAUGGUCAUGAUUGCCAUGAAGAUGGAGCAUACGAUCCGGGCGCCCAAGUCAGGUGUGAUCAAGAGGGUUUUCUUCAGCGAGGGCUCUCAGGCUAAUCGCCACGCUCCUCUGAUCGAACUGGAAGAGGAGAUAGAGGAGGGGGAGGGGAGCAGCGAGUAAACCGACUCAAACAAACAACCACACCCAUGAAUAAACACUGACAGGUAGGAGACGGAGCUAGUUACUGGGACAGCCGGAGGGAAAGUGAGCCAAUCUGAAAGAGAGUGGUGUCCAUCACUUGAUUCAUAUUUCUGAAAAUGUGAGUUGGUACAUGAGUCAUCUGUUGGGAGAAAUUAUGGUUCAGUCUGGAAUGGAUUAGACAAAUACUUUCACCCUGGGGAUCCAAUGUGCAUUUAGGAAAGUCCGAAACAUUUCCAUUGACCUGAAAUGGGUUUGGGUUUGACUUUUGUGACAGCCAGUGAGAAAACACCACAAUUAUUUCAUAAGUACAGUUGCCUUUCAAACAUUAGAAUAUUACCUUUUUGUUGAUUGUGGAACCUUUGUUUGUUCAUGCACUUCUUUCUUUUGAUUUUAUUAGUUUGAAUCAGUGAAUCUCUGGAAACCUCUGUGUUUCUGUACGUGGUGUAAUGUUAGUUUACGAGCUGCUUUUGGAUAUUAUCCUCACUGAUUAGGUUGACUACAGAGUGUCCUCUCUAUGCACACACACUGUACCUCUGAAUCUUUACACAUGGACUAAACUAAAAAGUUAUCGUUAAGCAAAUCUGAGGCAGAAGAUAAUAAGUAGGUGGAAUAUUAAGUGUGAAAUCAGACAAAAUACUUGCAGAAAUAUGCCACAACUAAGGAUGAAAAGCUUCACAUUUACAUGACCUUAAAUAUUUACAAUAAAUGAGUGAAUACUUUCAACUUGUAAUGUAAAAACCAUGUAUCUGAAAUUGUGGGAUUUUUUCUUUUCUUUUUUUUUUUUCUUUUCUUUUCUUCAACUGCUCCUUUUAUUUAGAAAAGUUAAAAAAAAAAAACUAUCCUACCAUAUGGUUUCUUCGUCAUCAAGAAAUUACAUGGUUUUCACAAGUUGUAUUUAUGAAGAAAGAGUCUGAAUGUAACUGAAUCUUUGGUGCGAGUAAUUAUUUGUAUUGCGGGAUGUUGAUGUCUAGUUUUUUAACAAACAUUCUUUCUUUCCAGACUGUUUCCAAACUCUUCAUCUCUCUCCCCUGAAAUAUGUUUGCUCUAAACAAUAAAGCAGAGCUCUGUUGUUGUAGAAGAGAAAGUAGCACAACACUGAGGAAAAAGGGCUUUAGAAUAGGGAGGCAGAGGAACACUCCAGAAUUAUGAAAUGAUUCCCAACCUUUGUGACCCGAUUUGGCUCUGAUUUGAAAAUAAUCCAUAAAGGAUGCAAUGUCGGGGCUUUAAAUAGACAGAUGGUAUGUUUCUGUGAACUCUACCUGUUUCUGAUUACCACUCUCUUUUACUAACUGAUGUGUUAUGAGGCCUUGUAGGCUAAACCUGAUAAACACCUGUGUUGAUUUUGUAGAUGUGUGACAGAUGAUUUAAAAAAAGUUUUGGACUGGUCAGAUACUGUAAUAAAAAUGUU